UUACUAUAGCCAGAAGCAGUAAUAUGACUAAGAAGACAAGUUUGAGAAGCCCUCUACAAAUUAUCAGAAGCUUAGUGUAAGGGUUAGCUCAACCAUAUGGCAUUGUAAUUAAUCAGCACGAGAGAACAUUAACAGAAGAAUUAAUGUUGAAUUUAAGAAGUGUGUUGAAACAAAAGUAAACAGCUUGGCACUUCUAAGAAACCAUUUAAGAAGGCUAUUUAAAGAAUGAAGACAGAAGAAAAAGAAUUAAGGAACGAAGAAAAAAGAAAGAAAACAGAUACGACACGGAUCCAACCCGCUCUCCAUGUUCCCGCGUACAUACACAACAUCACUAAGAGAGAGAAAAAUAAAAAAAUAUAGAAAAAAAGUUAUCCACAAAUACUGAAUAACAAAUGAAAACAUGUAAAAAAAUCUGCUAAAGUGUAGAUGGAUUUUGUGACGCAGUGUCAGAUUGCAGUUUGUAUUUGUUUUUGAAAACAUUUGAAUCUCAUGAUAAAGUGGAGGCUGCUAAGCUCGGCUUCACGCAGAAGCCCGCCAUCUGCCAUGGUCUUCAGUGAUCGAUCUGAGACUCGUGCCUUCCAAUCCUGCGUCCUGUUUAUUGUUCACUGCGAGUUUUAAUGGUCUGCAUGGAGAUGAUGUGGUAACGAUUCAGCCCUCAGCCAAUCAAAAGUUGUGAUUAGUGCGGCCAUUAUGGUUUGAGGAUGAAGGCAAAAUCCCGGCUGCGAGUUCGGACAAAGCUAAAGCCCAGGAAUCGAAAAGGGCGGUAAUCACGCACAGGUACAGGGGUCGCCACAGCAACAGUGACGCGACUUUGAUGGAGUAUCGCGUCGUCAUGUGACCAGAAGCAGACGCCACCCAACAGCUUGAUGCAGCUGGACACGCAGAAGGUUGGACUCAAUAUCAACAUGGAUGUCCUGACUUUUAAGUUCUUCUUCUUCCUGUUGUACUUGACAGUGACAGAAGCAUGCAGCACUUCAACUGAUGGGUUAUCCAGUACAACAGACUCAACCACUCUGUGUAUAUCAGAGACAACUUCGACAACGACCUCUACUACAGAAUCGACCACAGUAGCAAGUUCAGCUACCGAAACGUCAACAACCGAUGCGACAACAAGUGUUACGUCAACAACCGACAUGACAACUAUUGCUUCGUCAACAUCUUCGACAACAAUUGAUAAGUCACCUACAUCAUCAGUCAGUCAAACGUCACCCACAGUAGGGACUGCGACUACAAUGUCUAGUAAGAGUCCAUCCUCCGCUUCCUCUACACAGUCGUCUCCUACAGUAGGCUCAACUACCACGUCUCUGAACACGAACACUACGAUGACAGUAACAACACCAAAUACAUCAGCGGUCGCAACCUCUUCCACUCUUAGAAGUUCAACAUUGUCGAACUCAGCUACAUCUCCGACAGCUACAUCUACUGCAGCACCUACAUCAUCAGUCAGUCAAACGUCACCCACAGUAGGGACUGCGACUACAACGUCUAGUAAGAGUCCAUCCUCCGCUUCCUCUACACAGUCAUCUCCUACAGUAGGCUCAACUACCACGUCUCUGAACCUGAACACUACGAUGACAGAAACACAGAACAGCACUUCACAAGACAGCUCGUCCGAAAAACAAACUGGACACCUGCCUCUCACUUGCUUCAUGCUGCUGUUUCUAAAAUGCUUCAUCUGAAGAACUACAAAACUUUAUUUGUUUUACUUCUUACAAGACAUGUAGACGGGGGAGGGUAGCUUAGACUGGGGUGCGUAUGUCAUGCUUAUUAUUCUCUGUCUCUGUUUACAGAUAAAGGUGGCCAAGCGAGUCUGUUACAGUCACAUGCAUACCAGACAUGACUAUUUUUAUCAAUAUUUACAAUAUUAUUAUUCGUGACAUUUGUUGCUGGUUGUCAGCAAUGACCAUUGAAUCCUCAUCUAUGACGUCAUACUGAAAUGACUGAGCAGUACAUAUCUUCGUCCACACCUCCAUCAGUCCGUCCAUCAUUCAGCAUCGCCCUUAUCUGUGUGUUUGACUUUAUCACCAUUAUCGUUUGAUUCUUUCAGCUUUAAUCUCACUUUUUAACGGUUUAUUUUUUCCGAACUUCACGUUAGUUUUUACCUGGUGUUAAAUUAGCCUUAUGUGUGACAUUACAACAACAUUGCAGCCUGGUCAAACAUUUGAUGAAAUUUCCUUUUUAAGAUGGAGUACGGGGCUCCGGGCUCCGGUGCAUAGGCGGUCUUAACU